CGUCACAUUCAGCCUGGAGCCUGGAAUGAGGAGUCUUCAUUCAUUCACUGAAAGCCAAUAGGGAAGGACCAGAGCAAAGGAAAACUGGAGGCUCAGCUGACCACCUUCUGCACCUCCAGAGGAGGAGGAGGAGCACAGCCGCAGCAGAGUAUCGAUUCACACCCCCCCUUUAAUUAAGAGAUCAAAGAAACUGCUGGAAAAAAUACACACCGCUCUUCCCCAAUAAAACACAUGAAGAGGGGAAGGAGAGGCAUGAUGUGUCUCCUGGGAGGGACGCCCGUGCUUCGAACCGUCUGAUGCUGCAGCAGUUCGCCAUUGCGAACCACAGUUCGGAGCCAGCCGAAGGAAAAGCCGGGGGAAAACCCCCGCAGCCCGGCUGAGAUUUCUGCGUGCAAUACUCCCGCUGCACUUCAAUGAUCGGACCCCGGCCGAAGGGAGGGAGCAGCACCCGGAUGACCCUCCGCUCCCUGCUAUGGCUCUUUUUGUUCCUCAAGAAUGCAGCACCUUUCCAAGUUACUGUCCGAGAUGACAACUGCAUUGUAGUGUCGUUGGAGGAGUCUGAUGUAGUGAGCUCGUCCUUUGUGUACGUUGUGAAGAUAACUGGUGAAUCCAAGAACUACUUUUUCCAGUUUGAAGAAUUCAACAGCACUUUACCUUCCCCUGUGGUUUUCAAUGCCAGUUAUCAUGGCCUUUAUUACAUAGUGACUCUGAUGGUGGUGAAUUCCAACAUGGUUUCCAAACCAGUGAGAUCGAUCACUGUGUUAACCAAACCUCUUCCCAUAAGCAGCGUUUCUAUCUAUGACUACAAACCAUCUCCAGAAACAGGAGUGUUGUUUGAAAUUCAGUAUCCAGAGAAGUACAAUGUUUUCACCAGAGUAAACAUAAGCUAUUGGGAAGGCAAAGACUAUAGAACAAUGUUAUACAAAGAUUUCUUUAAAGGUAAAACAGUUUUCAAUCACUGGCUGCCAGGAAUAUGCUACAGCAACAUCACAUUUCAGUUGGUGUCGGAAGCAACAUUCAACAAAAGCACCCUAGUGGAAUAUAGUGGUGUCAGGCAUGAACCCAAACAGCACAGAACAGUUCCCUACCCUCCUCGAAAUAUUUCUGUCCAGAUUGUACAUAUGAACAAGAAUAACUGGGAGGAACACAGUGGGAAUUUCCCAGAAGAAUCAUUCAUGGAACCACAGGAUGUAAUAGGGCAAGAUAAACUUACCCAUUUUUCUAAUGACCCCACUGAAAUUCCCUCAGCAAACACCUCUUACGCAUGGCCUGAUUACCACUAUAACAGCACUGAUUACACAACUACAUCCCAACCAUACUGGUGGACUAAUGAAGCUGAUUCGUCAGAAAGUGAAGAUGAGUUUGUCAAUGUAGUUCCCAGUGAAUAUGAGAACACCAGUACAGCCAGCAUGUCAGGGAAACUUACAUCAGGAACUCCAUCUUUCCUCCCUGUGCAAAUGGUGCUAAGCUGGUUGCCACCAAAACCACCCACGGCAUUUGAUGGAUUUCAUAUUAACAUUGAAAGAGAAGAGAACUCCACAGAAUUUUUGACGGUAGGUGAGGAUACUCAUGAAUUUAUUGCUGAACUGAAAGAACCGGGGAAAUAUAAGUUAUCUGUGACAACCUUUAGUUCUUCUGGAUCUUGUGAAAUUCGGAGAAGUCAAUCAGCCAAAACGCUUAGUUUUUACAUCAGUCCGACAGGGGAAUGGAUUGAAGAACUGACAGAAAAGCCCCAGCACGUGAGUGUGACUGUGCUAAGUUCUACCACUGCCUUAAUGUCCUGGACGUCUUCACAAAACAGCAGCAGCAACAACACGAUAGUGUCUGUUGUGUCACUGACCUGCCAGAAGCAAAAGGAGAGUCAAAGACUUGAAAAGCAUUAUUGCACCGAGGUGAAUUCAAGCAACAGCAUCAUUGAAAAUCUUGUUCCCGGUGCCCAGUACCAGGUUGUGAUUUAUUUACGUAAAGGCCCAUUGGUUGGACCUCCUUCUGAUCCUGUUACAUUUGCCAUUGUACCCACUGGAAUAAAGGAUUUGAUGCUUUACCCUUUGGGACCUACAGCUGUGAUUCUCAGUUGGAACAGGCCUUACCUUGGGGUGUUCAGGAAAUAUGUUGUAGAAAUGUUUUACUUCAACCCAUCAACGAUGACCUCUGAGUGGACGACCUACUAUGAAAUUGCAGCUACUGUCUCCUUAACUGCAUCAGUGAAAAUAGCCAAUCUAUUGCCCGCUUGGUAUUACAACUUUCGGGUUACCAUGGUGACUUGGGGAGACCCAGAAUUGAGCUGCUGUGACAGUUCUACCAUCAGCUACAUAACAGCCCCAGUGUCACCAGAGAUCACCUCAGUAGAAUAUUUCAACAAUCUGCUGUAUGUCAGUUGGACAUAUGGAGAUGAUGGGACCAACCUGUCUCAUUCCAGGAUGCUGCACUGGAUGGUCAUUGCUGAAGGCAAGAAAAAAAUCAAAAAGAGCGUGACACGGAAUGUGAUGACUGCAGUUCUGAGCCUGCCUCCGGGAGACAUCUACAACCUUUCAGUGACUGCUUGUACUGAGAGAGGCAGCAACACCUCCACACCACAGAUUGUGAAACUGGAACCAGCUCCUCCAAAAUCACUGUUUGCUGUGAACAAGACCCAGACUUCAGUGACUCUGCUAUGGGUGGAGGAAGGAGUGGCUGAUUUCUUUGAAGUCUUCUGCCAGCAGGCUGACUCUGGCCAAGAAACAAAGUUGCAGGAACCUGUUACUGUUUCUUCACAUGUAGUGACUAUCUCCAGCCUCCUGCCUGCCACGUCCUACAAUUGCAGCGUGACUACCUUCAGCCACAACAGCCCUAGCGUUCCCACCUUCAUAGCUGUCUCUACCAUGGUUACUGAGAUGAAUCCCAACAUAGUGGUGAUCUCUGUGUUAGCCAUCCUGAGCAUUCUCCUGAUUGGACUGUUGCUUGUGACUCUUGUUGUACUCAGGCGGAAACAUCUGCAAAUGGCCAGGGAGUGUGGGGCUGGAACCUUUGUCAAUUUUGCUUCAUUGGAGAGAGAUGGAAAACUUCCAUAUAACUGGCGUAGAAGUGUAUUUGCUUUCCUAACUCUGCUACCCUCAUGCCUCUGGACUGAUUAUCUUUUGGCAUUUUAUAUUAAUCCUUGGGGUUCCAUUCCGCGGUUAACGCGUAAAGCGAAAACCGCAUAUAGCCAAAAUCCUAUUGAGUUCAAUGGCGAGCGAAAUCGCCUGCACUACAGGAGUAAAAAUGGAUUAAAGAAGAGGAAGCUGACCAACCCUGUGCAGUUGGAUGACUUUGAUGGCUACAUCAAGGAUAUGGCCAAAGAUUCAGAUUAUAAAUUUUCUCUGCAAUUUGAGGAGCUAAAACUGAUUGGGCUUGACAUACCCCAUUUUGCUGCUGACCUUCCCAUGAAUCGAUGUAAAAAUCGCUAUACAAAUAUCCUGCCAUAUGACUUUAGCCGUGUCAGAUUAAUUUCGAUGAAUGAAGAAGAAGGUUCAGACUACAUUAAUGCCAACUAUAUUCCUGGCUACAACUCACCACAGGAAUACAUUGCAACCCAAGGGCCAUUGCCAGAGACAAGGAAUGAUUUUUGGAAGAUGGUUCUCCAGCAAAAAUCACAAAUCAUUGUUAUGCUCACUCAGUGUAAUGAAAAAAGAAGGGUGAAAUGUGAUCAUUACUGGCCUUUUACAGAAGAGCCUAUUGCUUAUGGGGACAUCACAGUGGAGAUGCUUUCUGAGGAGGAGCAAACGGACUGGUCUUAUAGGAACUUCAGAAUCAGCUAUGCUGAUGAGGUGCAAGAUGUAAUGCAUUUUAACUACACUGCCUGGCCUGAUCAUGGUGUCCCCACUACAAAUGCUGCAGAGAGCAUCUUGCAGUUUGUACAGAUGGUCAGACAGCAGUCAACAAAGAGUAAAGGCCCCAUGGUCAUACACUGCAGUGCUGGCGUGGGACGGACAGGAACAUUUAUAGCAUUGGAUCGUCUCUUACAGCACAUUCGUGAUCAUGAGUUUGUAGAUAUAUUAGGGCUGGUGUCUGACAUGCGGUCUUAUAGGAUGUCCAUGGUACAGACAGAGGAACAAUACAUUUUUAUUCACCAGUGUGUGCAAUUGAUGUGGCUAAAGAAGAAACAGCAAUUCUGCAUCAGUGAUGUCAUAUAUGAGAAUGUCAGCAAGUCCUAGUUCAGAAUCACAGGUGAUGAGACCAUGAAGUACACCCAUCUUCCCUUGCUUCAGAUUUUUUUUUAUCGUUUUGUUUGUUUGAACUGCUAGCUGUUUUGCCAUGGAAGGCCGCUGCUUUGCAGUAUAUGGACAAUAAAAGAAAGAUACUUUAAAUUUUAGAAGCACCGGGGAGACUUAGCCUUAAAGAGCCUGCAGUGUCUUUUGGACAGUUUAAUUUCUGGACAUUUUUAAAAAUACUGGACCAAAUUCAACUAAAACAACAGGAUGGAAAAGAUACUAUAAUAUGUGCAUAAAAUACAGUACUCCUGAAGGGGUUUUUUUUUUUGGUUUAAGUUUUUCUGUGCAGGUUGGGCUUAAGGUAAAAAGCAAGUGCAAUAUUUUUUUAAUGGCUGAAUCUGAAUGAAGAAGAGCUUUCUUCAUGUGUCACUGGUCUGUGCUUAAGUCCCUAAGAGAACAGGCAUUGUUAGUAUCUAAUAAUACCUCACUAGUGAAUAUGAGGCAUGUACAAACAUGAAGGAUUGUGAAUUUUGUGAAGAGGAAAUGGGAUAUUGAUUUGACUCUGUUUAUGGCAGCACAGUGGUUCUGUGCUUCAGUGGAGCAGGGAGAAUACACUACCCAUGGAGCUUUAGUAACACUCCUAAAAUCCAAACAGUAUAGCUCAAGGCUAGCGUAGAAGACCUACAUUAGAAAACUUCUGUUGGUCAGGUUCUUGAUUGUGCUCCUCCUAAUUAAACAGCAGGAUUGUUCCUCUCUUUACUUUUUUCAGUAAUGCCCCCAUCAGUUAGUUACAAUUUUUUUUUUAAGAUUGAAACUUAUGAAAGCGCAGAAGAGUUUGGAGUACCUUAGACUCUCUUGCUGUAGCAUUUAGCAGUCUAUGGUGCCUAUACGCUUGAUUUGUUUGUUUUUUAUUUUAUUUUUUUCUAAAAUAUAUUAGCCCUGUGUAAAAACGUGAAGCUGAUUCAUGUUGAGAAAAAAUAUAUAGUUUCUGUAAUGAACGCAGCAUCACCUCUCUGAUGAGCUGGGAUUUCAUGGAGAUGUGGAAAUGAGGGUUUUGGCAUGCAAAGGAAAUUUUAUGGGUCCGUUAAACCCAGGAUGUUGUCAAAGCAUCGGUACUGAUUCCUGCAGGGACUUUGGGGUUGGGUUUUUUGUUGUUUGUUUGGGGUUUUUUUGCUAUCAGUUUUAUUUCUAGUCAGCAUAUUUAGGAUUUGUUGUAUUCUUUUUGGCUUUGUAUAAUUCCAGUACAUCGUUGUGUAUUGUGACAUGGAUGCUUUCAGAAUGGAUGUCGAUGGCAUUUUUGUAACCUGUUGCUUUGUGUCACCUCAUUGGACGUUAGAGGCAAUGGUACUCAAUGUAAAAAAAAAAAAAAAAAAAGAACUGAAAGUAAACACAUUGGAUUGCUUACCUGUGAAAAUGACACUGAGCAAGGCUGCUGCUUUUCCCACCUGGAAUCUCUCUACCCUCGUAUCUGUGCACCACAGCUCAGCAACUGUUCAAGGGCCUGAGAAUUUAGGACCAUAUUUUUGGAUGCUGUAUUAGCAUAGAUCUAUUCCCCUCUCCAAAAGUAAAUUGGGUACUUGUGAAAGGGUUCCAGAUCCACAGAAAGCUACACCCUGUGAUCACUGAGUGGGUGGCAGCAGCUCUACUUCUUUCCUCCCACCCCCCAUAUCUCUCCGUCCUGUCAUGGAUGGAUCACCUCUAUGGGCCAACAAGUUAGUUCAGUCUCCACUUCUGUAUCACUUGUAUGGUGAUGCCACUCCGUUAAGAGCUGGAAUGUAACUUUUUUUUUUUAAAUUGGGUAUUUAGAGCUGGGGCAAGAGGCCAGCUUGAUAGUCCUGGAGACCGAAAUCCUGUCUUCAUGAACAGAACUGGUAACUGCUCAGGUUACAACCAUGCAAGCUUCUUCUACUGCCCCACCAAUGUGCCUCAACCCUGAGCUGGAGGGCUCACCUGUGUGCCACAAAUGACAACAAGGGUGCCAUUUUCUCUAGGGUGGCUAUUGCACAAAGGCCACCCAGCAGACAAUCAGUCUCUCCUCAUCUAAGCUGAAUUCAGAAUCAUAAAGUAGUACUAAAAUCCCCAGAGCCAGGCAGCCCUUGCCACAGUCUGUAUUUCUGUAUGUAUUUCAAGCCUUCCUGUGCUUACCUAGGACAUAUUACCUGUCUUAUUAAUUUAUAUAUCCACAGGUACACAAACUUUUGUUCAGGAGGAGAUAUGAAUACCUUAAUGGCUGGUUGGUUCCUUCCAACAUGGGCAUGGGCCUAAUCUGCAACAGUCCUAUCUGAAGUUCAAACACCCAAUACUUGUCUCUAGGAUUUUCAGUUGCCACAUUGGAGAUGGGGCUGGCAUCAAAGUUAGGACCCAGGUUUGGAUUGCAGCUUCCACUCCGCCACAAAGUACUGGGGUUUUGGUUCAGGCUCCUCUCUACUCUAAAGUUGAAUAGGACGAACAUCCUGUAAACUAGAGUUAUGGUCCAUGCAUAUUUAGAAGUAGAUCACCAGUGUAGUGGUUUCAGUAUACAGCUAUAUACCAUACACACUGGCCAUAGAAGCUUAGGAAUUGCUUUACAAUCAAUGGAACAAAAACAAGUGUGUUGAUUUCAUUCUCUUGGAAGUGUUAUAAGUUUCAAUCAGAGCAGUAAUGUGUAUAAAAUAUCUGUUUUAGGCCUUGCUUAUUUGAGGUUGUAGAAUAGUCUUUGACCUUGGAUCCAGAGCUGUGUGAGGUUGAAUGGCACAAAUUACACUGGUCAAAGAAAA